AGAGAAGGCCGGAGCAGUGCAGCGCCCGGAAGACCACCAUGGCCAAGGAGUGGGGCUACGCCAGCCACAAUGGUCCUGACCACUGGCAUGAGCUUUACCCAAAUGCCAAAGGGGACAAUCAGUCGCCCAUUGAGCUGCAUACCAAAGACAUCAAGCAUGACCCUUCUCUGCUGCCAUUCUCAGCAUCUUAUGAUCCUGGCUCUGCCAAGACCAUCCUGAACAACGGGAAGACCUGCAGAGUCGUGUUUGAUGACACUUACGACAGAUCAAUGCUGAGAGGCGGUCCUCUUCUUGGACCCUACCGACUUCGCCAGUUUCACCUUCACUGGGGCUCCUCCGAUGAUCACGGCUCUGAGCACACGGUGGAUGGAGUGAAGUAUGCAGCGGAGCUUCAUUUGGUGCACUGGAAUCCUAAGUAUAACACUUUUGGGGAAGCUCUGAAGCAACCUGAUGGAAUUGCUGUGAUUGGUGUUUUUCUGAAGAUAGGACGAGAAAAAGGAGAGUUCCAACUUUUCCUGGAUGCAUUGGACAAAGUUAAGACAAAGGGCAAGGAGGCGCCCUUCACACACUUCGACCCGUCCUGCCUGUUUCCUGCCUGCCGGGACUACUGGACCUACCGCGGCUCCUUCACCACGCCCCCGUGCGAGGAGUGCAUCGUGUGGCUGCUGCUGAAGGAGCCCCUGACCGUCAGCUCGGACCAGAUGGCCAAGCUGCGCAGCAUCUUCGCCAGCGCCGAGAACGAGCCCCCGGUGCCUCUGGUGGGGAACUGGCGCCCCCCGCAGCCGCUCAAGGGCAGGGUGGUGAGAGCCUCCUUCAAAUGAGGUGGCAGGGUCUCGGCCUGUUCAGGAAAGGAAACCUGCCAUCACCCGAGAGCGGUUCCUGCCCCGUCUGGUGCUCCUUACUCCACAGCUCUCCACCUUUCCAGCGAGGAAGGCAUGCAAGAGAUGCAGUCGCCAAGAAACCAGGUCCUUUUGACAAGAUGUAGUACAAAAAACGUGAAUUUCACAUCUGACCUUUGUGACAAGUCUUUUCUAUAAAAGUAGUAUUUCCGGUAGGCUUUCAAAGAAGAAGAAAUGGAGACCGAAGAGUGAAGAUGUAGGAAAAUGGCAAUUGAGCACCAUUUUUCUGUCACCUUAAAUUCACAGAACCUUCCUGUGUUCAUAUUAUGAAUUUCCGCCUUACAGAAAAAAUGAAUGAUUUUCUCUGUAGGAGUAGAAGUGAUGGUUCUAUAACUAAGCAAGAAAUUAAACUGAUUGUGGAUGCUGAGAAUUGAAAUGAGAAUGCGUUUUACCUUUUAACACCAGGGGGCGUGUUAUUUAUUAAACUUUAGCUCUGAUUAAAGUUACCUGGUUUUGGUUAUUCAUGAAAGGAAAACACAGUAA